AUGAUGACGUGUCGAGAGUUCACUACGUGGAUGGUGUAUAUAUGACACGUUGCUUUAUGCUGUACUUCAUAUUGCUAGUAAACGUUUAAAUUAUUCGGUAGAAGGAGGUUGGUUUUACAAAAAUACCAAGUGAUAUAGUAUUUUUUUAAUGUUGUUCAUAAUAAAAUAAAAAUUAAUAAUAAGAUUUAAAAAGUGAAACAUAUCAAGAUUUUUAUUUAUCGUGAAUUUAGACAAAAUUAUAAAUUAUAAAAUAAAUUUUUCGUAAACUUCUGGUAUUUUUAAACUAACAUUAGGAUAACAAAUAAUGCCUGCUGCACCUAGUUCUACUUCAGUCGGGGCUGCGAGACGAUCGCCCAGCAAAGCUAUAGCACCUAGAACAGGUGGUGGUACUGUUAGACAAAGAAAAACAGCAACAACUACUUCAACUCGGAGUAGAAAUACAGGAGCUGGUUCUGAUGAAAUGUGGAUGUUUUAUACCGAUGAUUCUCCUGGUAUCAAAGUAGGACCAGUACCUGUACUUGUUAUGUCUCUUCUUUUUAUUGCAUCUGUCUUUAUGCUUCAUAUCUGGGGCAAAUAUACUAAAUCUUAAAAUUGAAAAUAGAUAUUUUAAAAAGAAAUCGAAGCAAUUAAAAAACUAUGCAGUGCAUUUGAAUGAAUAAAGAAAACCUUAGUUAAAGAUAUUUUCCAAAUGGAAAAUCAAUAAAAGCAUUCAAAAGAACAUAUUUUUAACAUUGUUUGUGAUUAAUUUAAAAGAAUCAGAGCACUGCAUGUAUAUUAUAAUUACAUUUCCAUACUAUGGAUCUCUGUACUUUUUUAUCAAAAAAAACAAGACCAAAAUUUAAGGAGUAAUCAUAAAUAUUAUUAUAAUCAUUUAUUUUCAUCAAGCUGAAUUUUAUAAUGUUUAUAAGAAGAUACCUCUGAAUUAAUCAUAUAUGCGCAUUAUGCGUGGUAGAAAUAAGACAUAUUAGUUAUUGUUUGUAAAGUUAAUAAUAAUAUAAUGUACAAUAUAUUAAAAUAAAUUAUUCUUAAUCCAAUUAAAAAUCAA